AUGUUCAGAGCCACGAAAGCCGCCGUGUUGGCAGCCGUCGCGGCAUGCGCAACCUUUGCCUCCCCCCUAUCCAAGACCGCACUGCUCGAUGACUGCCUCUCCGCCGCCGAGGUGCCCAUAGACGCCCCCGGCUCACCCGACUGGCUCCUGGACAGCACAACCUUCAACCUGCGGCUCAACUACACGCCGGCUGCCAUCGCGACGCCCACCACGAUCCCGCAGAUCCAGGCCGCCGUGUCCUGUGCCGCCGGCGCGGGCCUCAAGGCCAACGCCAAGUCGGGCGGGCACAGCUACGCCUCGUUCGGCACCGGCGGCGAGGACGGCCACCUGGUGAUCCAGCUCGACCGCAUGAACGACGUGUCUCUGGACGCCGGCACGGGCAUCGCCACCGUGCAGGGCGGCGCGAGGCUGGGCAGGAUCGCCAACGAGCUGUACAAGCAGGGCAGGCGGGCCGUCAGCCACGGCACGUGCCCCGGCGUCGGGGUCGGCGGGCACGCGCUGCACGGCGGGUACGGCAUGUCGUCGCACGCAAAGGGCCUGAUGCUGGACUGGCUCGUUGGGGCGACCGUCGUGCUGGCCAACUCGAGCGUGGUCGAGUGCUCGGCCGACGAGAACCCGGAUCUUUUCUGGGCCGUCCGCGGCGCCGGGUCGUCCAUGGGCGUCGUGGCCGAGAUGCGCUUCGACACGUUUGUGGCGCCCGAUGAGGUGACGUACUUUGUCGCGCAGGUGCCGUGGAAGAACACGACGGCCGUGGACGGCUUCAGGGCGCUGCAGGAGUUUGCGGCCGAGCAGAUGCCGUCCGAGUUGAACAUGCGGCUGUUCAUCACGAGGCAGUUUGCGAAUCUCGAGGGCAUGUACUGGGGGAACAAGACGGCAUUGCAGCAGACGCUGGCUCCGUUGGUGACGGCUACUGGGGCUAGGCUGCAGUACUCGCAAACCGACGACUGGCUGGGGCAGUUGACACAUUUCGGAAACGGGUUGAACUUGGACCAGUCCAGGCCUUAUAAAAUGGCCGAGACUUUUUACUCGUCCAGCCUGUACACUCACGCCCUCGACCCGACCCAGAUCCAGGCUUUCGUAGACUACUGGUUCAACAAGGGCAAGACGACACGCCGCGACUGGUACGUACAGGUGGACCUGCACGGCGGCAAGAACUCGGCGGUGUCGAAGCCGGGCGCCGACUCGGCAGCGUACGCGCACCGCGACCACCUGCUCUUGUUUCUAUUCUACGAUCGCGUGGAUGCCAAGGGGGUCUAUCCGUCGGAUGGAUUUGCCUUCAUCGACGAGUUCGCCGGCGGCUUGACCAAAACCCUCGGCGUCGACGACGGCGAGACGUGGGGUCGGUAUCCCAACUAUCCAGACUCGAGGCUGAGUCCUGAAAGUGCGCAAAGGGGGUACUGGGGAGGCCACCUGCAGCGACUGCGCGAGAUCAAAACUGCAGUUGAUCCGGGAGAUAUAUUCCGUUACCCCCAGGGUGUGCGUCCUUUGGUUUAG